AUGUUUAGGAAGAUAAACCACGUGUUCCGUCCCAACCACCCCGGGCAAAGAGAGCGGGACGGGUUGGGGCCGGACUACCACAGCGCCUGUACGGUCAGGCUGGUCCGCAGCACCUCCAUGCUGCUGGUUGGGGAGGGGACCCGAUGUUCCGGGGGCACCUCGUUGAAACGGAGCAAGAGCACCGUGAGCGUGGAGUCCACCUCGUGCGACUACCACAGGCAAGAGGACCGCGUGUGGCUUCACUCCCACGAGCAGAACUGCCUGGAGUACCUGCAAGCGCUGGCGGCUCUGCGGCGGCGCUACACAAAGAACGCGAGCGACCUGAGCAGGGGCGACGCCGAGCCCCCCGUGUCCUCCGAGAAGGAUGAUAAAAAACCAGUACCGAGAGCGAACCCCUCGGCGCUGCCGGUGCCCAAUUUGGAGGACGCGCUCCAUUUCCUGGACGAAGUGAUUGCGAGCUGCGACGGCGAACCUCAGCGCAAAGCCGACAUGGAUGACGGAAACGCUGACGUGGACUUUAUAGUAGCGUCCAGCUCAGCGGAGCACGACCUCCACUCCAACUGGGUCCUGCGGGUCCCCCGGGUGCCUGGCGACCCGGGCGUGCGGCAGGAGGAGGUUCUGGGCCGUGCCAAAGACAAAGUCCUCAAUAAGAAGAACACGAGCGGGUCCACCAGCAGCAGGUCACGCCUGCAGAGGAACCCCAUCCAUCUACCCAAAGUGGUGGCGAGUGCGCUGCAGACGCUGCGCUUCAAGUACAAAAAGUCCUGAAGACGAUUCAGAAUCAGAGUCAGAAUCGGAAUCGGCUGAUUGAUGGUGCAGGGAUGAG